CGUCACCUGCCACAGAAUGGAGUAGAGUUAUGAACCGCACGUUCGUGUUCAGCGAAGACAGGCGCAGCUCAUGCUCUCGGUUCGGCAGCACGCUGAACAGAUGGUUGUGGGGGGCGCUGUGCUGCGGAGUGCCCGGCGUGCCGUGCUACUUCUGCACGUGCUGCGAGAAGCUGGACGAGGCUGAAAGAGACCGGCCGAGAGUUAACCAAUCAACAGCAACAGCAGAGCGCAUGUCGCGGCCGCACCGCCCGCACGCGCCGCGCGGGCGCAAGUCCACUCCUGAGAUGCUGUCGGCGGUUAGAUGCGCCUUAUCGCAGCUACAGGGGGAACCCGCCCCGCCGCCGCCGCAAUCGCCCUCGGCAGACAGAAGAGCCCCAGAGCCAGGAUGAAUGUCUCACUAUAAGAUCGGAUUAAGUAGAUAUUUAGAUUUCUAACAGUUUUUCUACUGUUUAUAAUGAAAGUUAAGUCAAUAUUAUAUCUAAUUUUCCUCGUGGUUAUUAAAAUCCCAUUUGCUAUGUUAUACGUAAUGAAUUAAGCAGGUUAACCUAAAAUAGAAAAGUUACUUUUGGAUUUCGUUUUCUUCAUUUGGUAAGUAUCGCUAGGUAGAGUCUGUAGUGGUAACCCGAGGUAACCUUCCAUUGAGUUUGUAAUGGUGAUGUCCUAAGCAUUCUUUCGCACCAAGUCAUGCUCCUUAUGUUGAUAUUCUUUAAUCUACGCUCGAUAAUCUCUCUAAAAAGAUUGUAUAAAACUUGAUGCUGUUAAUCAUUGUACAGUGUACGUUUUUUGUAUAGUUUGUUGUUACUUUUACGUUGUGUGUUUUAUUUGUUAUGAAUAUA